AGUGCAUACUUUGGAUACCAGCAGUGGGACAUCUUACCAGAACAAAGCAUCCAUGGGACCAUUGUUAAUCAAUGACUUCUAAGCACAGGAUUGGUGCUGUUGGAUUGGAAACAGGUGCUACAAGAUGCCAGGUGAGGUGACUGAGAGCAGCAGCGGGAUGGAGGAGACUGUGCAGAAAGACAGCAAGUCUGGAGGCCAGAGCCCUCGCUGUGGCACAAUGAGAAGGGCUGUGGCAACCACUGUCACCUUUGAUGGGGAAGCCACUAUGGACCGGAGGAAAAAGAAGAAGAAAGAAUCCCGUCCCGAGUCAAUAAUAGUGUAUCGGUCCGAGAAUGACAAUAAGGUGGAAGAAGAACAGGUGGAUGAAGAAGGAGGGGAGAGGAGCUCUGAGGAAGGCUCCAAGUUCCUGGGUCAGUCUAUGACAGAUGGUGUCUGGAACAUGCCUUUAGACAGCCGAUAUGUCACUUUGACUGGAACAAUCACCAGGGGAAAGAAGAAGGGCCAGAUGGUGGACAUCCACGUCACACUAACAGAUAAAGAGCUGCAGGAACUGGCUAAGUCAAAGGAACCUCCUAAAGAAGAUGUACCUGAGAAGAAGAAGAAAUGUGAUGUUGGGUUAGACAGAGGCCCCCACAUCGUCCUCUGGACCAUCAUCUGCCUCCCCAUCAUUUUUAUAGUGUCUUUUGUGGUUUCAUUCUACUAUGGAACCAUUACAUGGUACAACAUCUUCUUGGUGUACAAUGAAGAGAGGACCUUCUGGCACAAAAUCACCUUUUGUCCUUUUUUGAUUAUCUUCUACCCAAUUAUAAUUAUGGUUGUUUCUUUCUCCCUAGGCCUGUAUUCAGCUGUAGCCCAGGUAGCAUGGUCCUUUGGGUACUGGUGGCGUGCUGUCAGGGAUAUGGAGAAAGGAUUCUGUGGCUGGCUCUGCAGCAAGCUGGGCUUGGAAGAUUGUUCUCCAUACAGCAUUGUCGAGCUGCUUGAUUCUGACAAUAUCUCAGGUAGUCUCUCUGGCAAGAGCUCUGCACAGGGGGUUGAGACCUCAGCAGUCUGAGCCUUUGUCCUGGAUGACUAUUUUGGUAAUAUGCGAGUGUUCUCACCUAGAAAAUAACACACUGGGGUUUUUUUAAUAUACAUAUAUAUUUAAACACAACAUUAAUAAAAUAUUGGGCUGAGAGUCCUCUUUCAAUGUCACAGAAGGCAAGAAUGCUGGCUUCACAUGCUCUGGGUGGGGAGGUGCAUGGCUUUCCAAGGAUUUGUCAUGUGUUGUAGCUAAUUACAGCUUCUGGGAAUUGUAAGAAAAUCCAGGUCUGCAGGGCUCUGGCUGGCUGUGGAGUAGCAGAGAUAUAUUAUGUAAAGUUUACUUCUGUCAAGGUAGACUUUACUUUUCAGCAAUAGGACACAGUAGUGUCCUAUGACACAGUGAAAAGUCUCUGCUCAGGGGAUGAACUUCAAGAGACAGGAACCCAUUCAGAGGUGAAGGCUAAAUUGCAAAAUGGGUUAUGUUCUGCAGUUUACUUAGAAAGGGUUCUUUCUCAGUCCUUCCAACAAAAGCAGCUAACUUAUACAGGCUGACUGCUUAGACACUGUCAGUCCAGUGUCACAGACCACUGGAAUAGUGGGAAAGGACAGCAUAGCUGCCAACAAAGGCAAGUGAGUUCUACGCUGACCCGAAACAGCCCCAUCACACAAUGGAGGAGCAGGGCUUGCUUUGUAAUGCUGUGUGGGAGGGCCUGAUGGGGCUGUCACCAAGAACCCUGAAGUGGCUGCAGGUGCUCAGAUAGCUUGGAACACAACUGCAGUGGAUCUCUUGAUAUGUGCACUGCAAGGGAGGAAGGAUCUACAGGAGUCAUACACAGUGCAAACAGUUGCAAUAUAGGGAGGAAACACCUUCACUAAGGAGGUGCCUGCCCCUAAGGAAGGGGCAAUCCAUUUACAUCUCACUGCAAUGCAGGUGUGGACUUGCAGCACCUGGAUUUAGGGAGCUGGAGUUGAAGGUGCUUGGGAUAUGAAGGACUGAAAUAAGUUAUUCUGGUUUUCAGGUUUCUCUUAUAGAAGUGUUGUUGGACCUCCUCUUUCAGGAUAGGGGAGUCCAGGAGUUCAUGUCUAUCUGUGCCUCAGCUCUGGAAAUCUGUGUCGCCUUCCCCACGUCAUCCCUCUUCCUGGUUAAUUAUAUGGAAGAGCAAUGGAUCAUACAUCCUCCUCCCCUCAUGUCUCAUUUUCAUAAUGGGUGUCCCUCCUUUCUGGGUUUUUCAUGGCAUCAUACUGGGUUCCCUGACCAAGGUGUGGCCACCAUAGGCUGGAGAAAUUUUAAUUGUCUCCUUAAAAAAUGACUAGCAGAAAAGUUCUUUUUUCUUGAUCAGCUAUUGGGGUUUUGGCCUAAGAAGGAGAUAGCAAAAUAAAAGAGAGGUAUAGCAAAUCCUAAUGGGGGCUGAGUAACACAUCUGAAACAUGGUUAAUUUUCUCAGUGCUCCAGUUCAGUUGGUACUUCUGGAAAGUCUGUGAGCCCCAGGCCAGAGGAGCCCACCAUUUGCAUGCAUGUAGGUAGGUUGAGCUCAAGACUACACUGACUGUCCUGGUUAGAACAUCUGGGAACUGGUGAUAUAUAAACAAGUCCAUCUGAUCCUCUAGUCCUGACACUGAGAAAUAAGUAGUUCCUGCUGCAUCCUUGGUCCCUGGGAGGUCAAAGGAGCCUCUUAGCAUUGGCUGAAGGCUUAACAGUGAAUAAUGCACAAGCCAAAUAUCAAGAGCAGUCUUUGCCCCACACUUAACUGAGAAAGCAGUGGUGCUCCCUGGGCUCAGGUAGAACCAGGCUGUGUUUGUUGUUUCCUACUAUAAUUUUUUACUGUUGGAAUCUUUCAAAACAAUUACCAACUUCCAGGAAAGAAAAAAAAAUAGACCCCAAUCUGUGAGACAAUGCCAGAUAGUUUAGUAUGAUUCAAAGGAAGCUGACAUAUGCCUGGGACUAGUUCAAGCAGUGGAAUGCCUUUCACAGGCCUGCUCCAAUCAGGCAGGCUGAUAUGCCUCUGAAUUAAUGAAGGUGCUGAGGAUAAGCCAUGCCAGUGCUGGCAGUCUGUAGUGACCCAGUGCAGCCACUCUGCUUAAUACUGCUCCACAUGGAAAUUGCAGGCUCCCACAUGGCUGGAGCAUUGGAAUAAGUGAUGCUUAACAAGCAUUAAGGAAAAGGAAGGUCCACUGGCAAGUGUUCUCAUGCUUUGCCUAAAGGGAUACUGCUGGCAUGAAAGGGGUGAAUUGUGUAUCUUGGCCCCAACAUGCAGCAGACAAGUUUGGGGAAAGGAUGGCUGGCAAGUGUGCAUUGCUGCAGAGGGAGAAAACCCAAUUCAGCUGUCACUGCCAAACAGCAGCUGUUCAAGGCUAGACGAAAGGCUGGGGUCAGUAGCACAAAGAGCCUUCAGCUUACAGAGGGCUUGAAUAAUAAAUAUGAGCUCAUUACAGAAUACAUCCAUGUGAAAUGUCUGCUGAGCUGCAGGAUUUGCUUUCAGGAUUGUUAACAGCCCGCUGGAGUGGAGACAAAACCAAAUCUGUACCUCUCACUGCUAAGUAGACACAAAGAAGCGUCAGAGGAGUCAUAGUACCCUCCUUCUGCAGUGGCAGCUGUGCUUCUGGGUUUGGAGGUCACAUUUUGGGCGACAUCCUGGGAAAAUCCAUCAUGUGUUUUCUAUUCUUUACACUUACCUAAGCUUGCAUUGGCUCCUGCUAAAUUCAAGGCAUUCUGUCAUUGAUUUUGGUGGGGGCUAUUUUAAGCUUGGAGUUAGUUCUGGUGCUUGGGGUUAGUUCUGGUGCUAUUUGUAAAAGUUUAAUUCAGACUUUUCUCUGAACAACUGGAUAGCUUUCUCUCUUGCCCACUAUCCUCUGUAGCAGUUUGCUUGUUGCAAAAUAUAUAAUAAUUAUCAAUUGUUGUAAUAGAAAAAAGCACAAGUUUUUGUCUUGUUCUACCCCAUUUUCAGAAACUGACAAGUAAUUUCUGCUUAUAUGCCACUGUCAGACUGCAAGGAAUUCCAGUUAUUCUGAUUGUUGAGUGUGUUUCUGGCUGCUCUAGUCUGGAUGUUUUUUUUAAGUAAAGAUACUGUUUGCUGAUUGUUCAUUUUAAUUGCAUUCCCUUUUCCCAUCCUUGCUGGCCUGGGUGGAGAAUAAAGAUAUCUGUGGCUUUA